CACUCUGCAGGAGUUCCUUGUGUUGCUGUGAAAGGGGGAGACUCCUCCUGGAGGGGUUUGGGAGCAGGGGCAGCUCCUCCUCGCUGGGAUGGGUGUGGGAUGUGAUGUGAAGGGCUGGAAGGACAGAGGAGCCUCACCAUCCUCAUCCCUGCUCUUUCCCAGCCUUUGUCCUGCCCAAGGCAGAGGUGUGUGUCCGUAACCACGUCCAGCCCUACAUCUCCUCCAUCCUGGAGGCCCUGAUGUCCCCCACGAGUCAGGGCUUCGCCGAGGCGCGGGAGGUGUUCUUCAAGGAGGUGACCGACAUGAACAUGAACGUCAUCAACGAGGGCGGCCUGGAGAAGCUGCCAGAGUACAUGGAGAAGCUCUCCCACCUGGCCUUCCACCCCGUGAAGAUGCAGUCGUGCUAUGAGAAGAUGGACCAGCUGAAACUGGAGGGUCUUCAGCAGCGAUUCGAUGUCUCCAGCACGUCCGUCUUCAAGCAGAGGGCCCAGAUCCACAUGAGACAGCAAAUGGACGAUGCCGUGUACACUUUCGAGACACUGCUGCACCAGGAGCUGGGCAAGCUGCAGGGCAAGGACGACCUGUGCAAGUCCAUCCAGCGCAUCCUUGAGAGGGUGCUCAAGAAAUUCGACUACGACAGCAGCACCGUGAGGAAGAAGUUCUUCAGGGAAGCCCUGCUGCAGAUCACCAUCCCCUUCCUGCUGAAAAAGCUGGCACCCACCUGCAAGGGGGAAUUAGCCAAGUUUCAGGAGCUGAUCUUCGAGGACUUUGCCAGCUUCAUCCUGGUGGAGAACACCUACGAGGAGGUGGUGCUGCAGUCGGUGAUGAAAGACAUCAUGCAAGCUGUGAAGGAGGCGGCCGUGCAGCGGAAGCACAACCUGUACAGGGACAGCAUGGUGAUGCACAACAGCGAUCCCAACCUGCACCUGCUGGGAGAGGGCCUGCCCAUCGACUGGAGCGAGGAGUGCAGCGGGCAGCCCGAGGCCGAGCCGGCGGCCGAGCGGCGCCGCAGGGCCAAGCAGGUGGUGUCGGUCAUCCAGGACGACGAGGGGGCCCUGCCCUACGGGGCCGAGGCGCUGCUGCAGCCCGGCUCCCCCGAGCCACGGGAGCCGGAGGAGGCACAUCCCGCGACGCCCCCGAGCCCCCCGGAUGCGGUGGGGGAGAUCAGGGAGGUGCUGGCACAGGAGAGCCUGGGGGAUGGCGCCGGGGCGGAGGAGCGGCUGAUGAACGGCACCGAGGGCAGCGCUGCCAGCGAGGAGGGCGUGCUGGCGGCAGGGGCUGCCCCAGGGGGUGUCACACAAGGUCCAGCCCGUGAUGGGGACAGGGUGCACUGUGCCACAGCGGCAUCACCAGCACCUGGAGCUGAGGUCCUGUCAGGGACGGGCAGAGAACGUGUCACACCAGCAUCGUCACCUGUCCCUGGAGCUGAGGUCCCGUCAGGGACGGGCAGAGAAUGUGUCACACCAGCAUCGUCACCUGUCCCUGGAGCUGAGGUCCCGUCAGGGACGGGUAGAGAACGUGUCACACCAGCAUCGUCACCUGUCCCUGGAGCUGAGGUCCCGUCAGGAGCUGGGACACGCCGGGCUGCACCAGCACCCCCUGUGCCUGGAGCUGAGGUGUCAUCAGGGGGGCAGUGUGCCACACCAGCAUUGUCACCUGUCCCUGGAGCUGAGGUCCCAUCAGGGAGUGGGAGACGUCUUGCACCAGCAUCACCUGUGCCCAGAGCUGAUGUCCCAUCCGAGGCUGAGGUGCCCCGUGCCACACCAAGAUCAUCCGUGCCAGCUUCCCCUGUGUCUGGAGUUGAUGUCCCAUCAGGGGCUGAAGUGCCACAUGUCACACCAAGAUCAUCCGUGCCAGCAUCUCCCGUGCCCAGAGCUGACCCGCCAGUGUCCAGCGUGCCACAGGGCCCAGCAGCACCGGCCAGCCCCCGAGCCGCUGUCCCAGCAGAGGCCGAGGUGCCCCGUGUCCCAGCAGCACCACCCGGAGGCCAGAGCCCAGCAGCAGCGUGUCACCGGCGCAGUGACAAGGAGACAGGCGGGCACGGGGACAGCCCCCCGCAGCCUAGGGGCACCACGGAGAGCGGUGAGGGGGUGCAGACUGAGUUCUAGCCCCAGCCCCUGCCACGGACUGGCCCUGGUGACACCGGGGCUGGGGGAGGGGGAUUGGACCCCCGGGAUGGAGAGCAGCACUGCGGGAGAGGGAGGGGACGGGGACACCGAGACCUUACUGCCUAACGGGGGUCCCGCUGCCGUGGGGGGCUGCCCACAGCCACAGCCCCCACUGGGUCCGACUGGGGUGGCCCCAGCCUGGCAUGGGGCAUGCCCUGCGCUCUGCUCUGUCCUUCUUCUGCCUUAUUUUCUUUCCUACUGAGGAGAUGCUUUACUGAAGAGCUUUAUCUGACCCCCACACCAGUGCCUGGGGCUGCUGGGGGGGCUGGCACUAGCCCUGCAGAGGGUGGGUGUGCGGGACAUCCUGGCUGUCCCCAGGGUUGUCCCUGCCCCCAGUCUGGGGUGUUUCCUGGGAGCCUGCCCACUGCCAUCCCCAGUUUGGGGUGUUUCCUGGGAGCCUGCCCACUGCCA